AUGGCCGUCUCCGCCCUUGACUCUCGUAUUUUCCGCAACUUGUUUGGAACACAGGAGAUCCGUGAUGUUUUCACAGACGAGGCAUAUGUGAGCUCUCUGAUUGAGGUUGAAGCUGCUCUAGCUCGCGCCGAAGCUGCAGCUGGUGUCAUUCCUCCCGAAGCAGGUACCGCGAUCACCAGCACCUUUGCAAGCCUCAAGAUCGACUAUGAGCGCCUCGCAAGGGACACAGAUAUCGUCGGCUAUCCUGUCCUCCCCUUGGUUCUGCAAUUGGUCGAGGGGACGCCCGAGGAGACGGCGAAGUACAUCCACUGGGGAGCAACGACACAAGAUAUACAAGAUGAUGCUUCUAUGCUUCAGAUCAAACGGGGCGUGGCACUGGUGAAGAGAGAGCUCGAAACACUGAAGGAAGUUCUCAAGGGUCUCGCCGCCACCCACCGUGACACUCCAAUGGCAGGCCGAACGCAUUUACAGCACGCCCUCCCUUGCACAUUCGGGUACAAGUGUGCCGUAUAUCUUUCCAGUGUUAUCCGACACCUUGAGCGCAUCGAAGAAAUUGAGCAGCGGUGUCUGCUGGUUCAGUUCGGGGGCGCAGCAGGUACAAUAGCUUCAUUGGGCGAGGAUGAUACCGGUCUUCGAGUCCGCGAAAACCUCGCGGCAGAGCUCGGACUCAAGAAUCCGGACAUCACAUGGCAUGUUGCGAGAGAUAACAUUGCGGAGAUUCUCAACUUUCUCGCACUUGUGGGUGGUACCUUGGGGAAGAUUGCAUUGGAUGUGAUGAUUAUGUCCUCCAAUGAGUUUGACGAAGUCUCGGAGCCCUUUGUACCUCAUAGAGGCGCCUCUUCUACAAUGCCACAAAAGCGCAAUCCGAUCUCCAGUGAAGUCAUUCUAGCUGCAUCAAAGAUGUUGCGUGCCAAUGCAUCGCUCGGACUGGAUGCGAUAGUCACAGAUUUUGAGCGAGCAUCCGGACCGUGGCAUUUGGAAUGGGUCGCGAUUCCGGAGGCUUUCGUGACUGCAGUGGGUGCUUUGCACCAGACAAAUUUCGCUCUUGGGGGUUUGGUCGUGAAGGUUGACUCGAUGAAACGCAACUUGUACUCCACCAAGGGGUUGAUUGUCGGCGAGGCUGUUAUGAUGGGACUGGCACGACAGCUAGGACGACAGGGGGCCCACGACUUGGUUUAUGAAGCUUGCAAGUCGGCCAUCGAACAAGACAAGACCUUGCUUGAGGUUCUUGAAGCGGUUCCCUCAUUGAAUGGAAUCGUAACACGGGAACAGCUCGUCGGUUUCUGCGACCCAUUGAAGUACAUGGGGGCUAGCGGACUGAUGGUCGAUGAGAUGGUGAAGCGUGCAGCCUAG